CGCGUAUACAUUGGAGCUGUGUAGAAAGUGCAGCUGCACAUCUAAAACUGACAUAUCAAUCCGGCACAUAUACAGUUGCGCAUGUUUGUCACUCCGACAUUGAAACCAUAUCUUCGUUGAGUAUGCGGCCUAUCAAACGAUUAAGAGGCUUACAUUACAAACGAAAUAUUGUUGGAGUAAGAACCUGACACCGAAUUAUAGAUGGCCUAAAUAUACGCAUGUGGCCAAUUUGAACAUACGAAAAUGCUAAAGCAGUGAAAUACGAAAUUUGUUGAGAUUAUUGGUACCUGCCUAUAUUUAUAAACAUAAAUCAUGAAAAUUAAUUAUACACAAUUGCCUAUAAAGAUGCAUUAUUUUUUUUUUAUGGCCGCUAUGGGUCCUAUUUUGCCAUUUCUGCCAGUUUACGGCAAGCAACUUGGAAUUUCACCAUUAAUUAUGGGUAGCAUCACAGCAAUUUUACCUAUUUUAUUUCUUAUCGCAAAACCACUAUUUGGCUUCAUUGUGGACUACUUCCGCACUAAAAGGAAAUUAAUAUUUAUAGCGCUACUUACCGUAACAAGUAGUUGCUAUAUUUUGAUGUACUUUUUACCGACUUUGCCCGGUUCAUUCUUACCAGGUCAUCAGUUUCAAAAUGUUUCCUGUGCAUCUUUGCCACCUUGCGAUAUGGACUAUCAUACAGUGGAAUCAUGUAACAGUAUAAAAAACACUACAUGUCAUUGGAUAUGCAAGGACGCGAAUUUUUCUACAAGAUUGUCUUUUCAUGCAAUUAAAAAAGAAACAAUUAUUUCACCGAAUACAACAUGCUUAUUAAAUAUUAAUGAGACGUCAUUAUGUCAAGAAAAUAUAAUAAAAAAUUAUAAUUGUAAUGUUACUUGCGAUAAUUUUGAAGAUAAUCAUUGUUUAUAUACAUCCAUUACUUUUUGGGGAUUCGUGCUUUUAAUGUCUCUUGGUAAUAUAGGAUUUAAUGUUUCUAAUAGUAUAAGCGAUGCAAUUUGCUUUGACGUAUUGGGUGAAGGUGGACAAAUGGGAUAUGGUAGACAACGAGUAUGGGGCACAAUCGGUUUCGGCAUAGCAGCAUUUUUGGCUGGGUACACAGUAGACUUGUGGUCGCAAGAAGAAACCUACAAAACUUACACACCGGCAUUCUUUCUUAUAUUCGUAUUUACUUCUAUCGAUUUGAUCUGUUGCAGAAAGUUGGAGCUGCCGCUUAUGUCAGAGUCACCAAAUAUACUGAAAGAUAUAUGGACUCUUUUGAAAUUGAAACCUAUUGUUAUAUUUCUAUGUUUUACUAUCCUUGCGGGUAUCUUUGAUAGCUUUAUAAUUUACUUUUUGUUUUGGUAUUUGGAAGAUCUUGCCAUAGUGACUGGUUACAUGAGUGAAAUUAAAUUGAUAGAAGGUCUAAUCGUAGCCGCAGAAACUCUCGGUGGCGAGAUAAUAUUUUUCUCUUUGUCCGGUAAAAUACUGAAGAAGUUUGGAUACGGUUACACUUUUACAUUUUGUUUUGUAUGCUACGCGUUACGGCUGGGAUUAAUAUCUCUUGCUCCAACGCCAUGGUGGGUACUUCCUGUGGAAUUUUUUAUGCAGGGCCCAUCAUAUGCACUUUGUUAUACAACAAUAGUAGCAUAUGCGAGUGCAGUAUCACCACCCGGCACAUCAGCUACUGUUCAAGGAAUUGUAGCAGGGAUGGAUGACGGUUUAGGUUACGCACUGGGCAGUUUGAUUGGAGGUAUUUUAUAUAAAAAAUUUGGUGGUGCAAUAACUUUAAAAAUAUUUUCAAUACUUGCAGUAUUUUCUGCAUUUAUGUAUUUUAUUCUUUAUACUUCGUACUUAAAGUAUAAAACACUAGACACACACAAUAAUGUUGAAUGGAGGAAACCUGACGAUGCACAGAGACACUGUGCUGUAGCAGAAUGA